UCUCUGCUCUUCUGCAGUGCAGAGACUGGGCCUAUUGAGGAAGUGGGGCCAAGAUCAACACAGCACUAGAGGACUUGGAGAAAGGAAACAUUCUCUUCCUCUGAACUUAUCUCCAUAGUCACUGUGCUUCACCUUGGAGACAACCUGCUCAGCCUCAAUGGGCUUCGACGUGCUCCUGGAUCAAGCUGGAAGUCUGGGGAGAUUUCAGAUCCUUCAGAUUGCCUUCUUUUUUGUCACCAAUGUUAUAACAUACACUCAUAUUCUGUUAGAGAACUUCACUGCAGCCAUCCCUGGGCAUCGCUGCUGGGUCCCCCUCCUGGACAACCACACCGCCUCUGGCAAUGCCUCUGACAUCCUCAGCCAAGACGCCCUCCUGAGAGUCUCCAUCCCGCUGGACUCAAACCUGAGGCCAGAGAAGUGCCGUCGCUUCACCCAUCCCCAGUGGCAGCUCCUUCAUCUGAACAGGACCUUCCCCAAUGUAAGUGAGUCAGACACAGAGCCCUGUGUGGAUGGCUGGGUGUACGAUCAGAGCUCCUUCUCCUCCACCAUUGUGACUAAGUGGGACCUCGUCUGUGAAUCUCAGUCACAAAAAUCAGUGGUUCAAACCCUGUUCCUGAGUGGGUCGCUGCUGGGAAGUCUGAUAUUUGGCUAUCUCUCAGACAGGUAUGGAAGGAAGGGGAUUUACACAUGGUGUCUCCUCCAGACGGCCAUUAUGGACACCUGUGCCACCUUUGCUCCCACCUUCCUCAUCUUCUACAUUCUGCGCUUCUUGGCUGGAUUUUCUGCCACAACUGUUAUGGCAAACUCUUUCAUUCUUGUAUCAGAGUGGACAGUUGCCAAGUCACAAUAUUUAGGAGUAACACUGAUGUUAUAUGCCUAUGGCGUUGGGCAGAUACUCUUGGGAGGAUUAGCUUUUGCCAUUCGAGACUGGCACACACUGCAUCUGACUGUGUCUAUACCCUUGUUUGUCCUCUCCUUGUUCUCCAGGUAUGUACUAGCAUGGGGAAACUAUUGUGGGAACACACAGUCACUGUGCUUCACCUUGGAGACAACCUGCUCAGCCUCAAUGGGCUUCGAUGUGCUCCUGGAUCAAGCUGGAAGUCUGGGGAGAUUUCAGAUCCUUCAGAUUGCCUUCUUAUUUGUCACCAGUAUGAUAACAUACCCUCAAGCUCUGUUGGAGAACUUCACUGCAGCCAUCCCUGGGCAUCGCUGCUGGGUCCCCCUCCUGGACAACCACACCACCUCUGGCAAUGACUCUGACAUCCUCAGCCAAGACGCCCUCCUGAGAGUCUCCAUCCCGCUGGACUCAAACCUGAGGCCAGAGAAGUGCUGUCGCUUCACCCAUCCCCAGUGGCAGCUCCUUCAUCUGAACAGGACCUUCCCCAAUGUAAGUGAGUCAGACACAGAGCCCUGUGUGGAUGGCUGGGUGUACGAUCAGAGCUCCUUCUCCUCCACCAUUGUGACUAAGUGGGACCUCGUCUGUGAAUCUCAGUCACAAAAAUCAGUGGUUCAAACCCUGUUCCUGAGUGGGUCGCUGCUGGGAAGUCUGAUAUUUGACUAUCUCUCAGACAGGUAUGGAAGGAAGGGGGUUUACACAUGGUGUCUCCUCCAGACGGCCAUUAUGGACACCUUUGCUCCCACCUUCCUCAUCUUCUGCAUUCUACGCUUUUUAGCUGGAUUUUCUAUCAUAAUUGUUUUGUCAAACUCUUUCAUUCUUGUAUCAGAGUGGACAGUUCCCAAGUCACAACAUAUAGGAGUGACACUGAUGUUAUGUGCCUAUGGCGUUGGGCAGAUACUCUUGGGAGGAUUAGCUUUUGCCAUUCGAGACUGACACACACUGCAUCUGACUGUGUCUCUACCCUUGUUUGUCCUGUCCUUGCUCUCCAGGAGGCUGGUGGAGUCUGCUCGGUGGCUGAUUACCACCAAUCAGCUAGUUGAAGGCACCAAGGCACUUAGAAGUGUUGCACACAUCAAUGGAAAAGAGAGUUCUGGAAAGAUCCUGACCCUUGAGUUUGUGCGGUCCACCAUUCAGGAGGAGAUGGACAAAGCCUCAACCAAACCAUCCGUGGUCGAGGUGUUCCAGGCACCCAAACUGCGCAUGAGGAUUCUCUACCUGAGCUUCCUGAGGCUUGGAGGCACUGUGCCCUUUUACGGCUUGAUACUCAACCUACAGGAACUGGGGAGCAGUAUCUUCAUGUUCCAGAUCCUCUUUGGAGCUGUCACAUUCAUAUCAAGAUGUAUUAUCCUUUUGAUAAUGAAAUACAUGGAUCGUCGGAUCAGUCAGUCGUUGUUUUCCUUACUGGCAGGACUUUGCAUUCUGGUCAACACCUUUUUGUUCAAAGAAAUGCAGACUCUAUGUGUGAUUUUAGCCACUUUGGGAAUCGGUGCUGUUUCUGCUGCCCUUGCUAUUUUCUCAGUCCAGUCUGUAGAACUCAUCCCUACUAUAUGCAGGUCAACAUUUUCAGGAAUCAAUAAUUUGUUCUCAAGAAUUGGAACAGUGCUGGCUCCCCUCUUUAUGGCCGUAGUGGUGUAUUCUCCCCACCUGCCCUGGAUCAUGUAUGGAGUCUUCCCCAUCCUUUGUGGCCUGAUUGUCUUCUGCCUUCCGGAAACCAGGAAUCAGCCUCUUCCUAACACCAUUCAGGAUGUGGAAAAGGACACAAAAUAUUCUAGGAGAGUAAAGAAUGAAGAUACUUUCCUGAAAAUAACACAAUUUUAAGGCAUGCCAAGAAUUGAUCUGAAGAAGAGCUAAAUAAAGAGA